UACUAUCCAAUGGAUCAAGGGACACAGAGGAUUAUGCGGCAAAGAUGCUGCGGAUGAAGUGGCGCCAAGGAUCAUAAACGACCCCAAUAGAUCCCGACCAAUCAUUCUGAUACCGGCAAGCUGGUUUGUCAGUUAAAUCCGCAAGCGCACAACCGCACUCCACCAGCAACACUGGCUCUCUCUGGAGACGUGGUGCAGACAGACCAAUCUCGCUUUGCCAGGGACGAACGCUGCUCUCUCCUAAACAGCACACUUCUACUGCUAAGUAGACCCACAUUACGUACAUAUGGUAACAGGUGCUAUUACUGGACAUGAGCAUUUUAACAGACAUCUUUUUUACUUAGGUGUCACGGACAGCCUAUGCAGCGGAUGCAUAGAGACAGAAGAAACAGCUACACACGUUCUGCUGGAAGGGAACCGAGUGGUCGAAUACCGCGCGAAAUACUUCAGAUCACCGGGUAACCCCCAAGAGGCAAUCACCAAUGUGAAGCCCUUGAGUCAUUCCUGGAGGAACUGGGCUGGCUGGAGUGACCCCAGCAACACUUCCUUUUCACGCAAAACAGGCGCCGUAUGGACGUCGAGUUGCGAAAAGGCCCAUUGCAAGAGGAAGAAGAGCACCAGUUAUACGAAAAAUAUAUAUGAACUGUAUGCGCCAUGAAGACCCUUUAUCACCAAAAACUCUUUUCAUCAACUCAAGAAUAUAUAUUAAGAUUUCAAAACUGGAGUAAACAUUGCUUUUUCCCUGAUUUUGUAUUUCUGUAUUUGUGUGAUGUUAAAUCAUUUAUGAUUUGCCGAUGAUUUAAUCAUUAUUAGAGACAAGCCAAAAAACAUACAAGAGAUUUAUCAAACAAUUUGCAAUUGAAAGUGCAGAGGUAGGUCUGUCUGACCAUGAAUACUGCAAAUACUAAAAUCAUGUCAAAGCACCUCCAGGUUAUGAAAAAAGUAGACAACAAUGACAUUGAAUAUUAAGACAAGUAUAUAUCUGGGACAAAUUAUUGCACCUGAGAAUCAGAUGCAGAGAUAAACAUAAAAAUUUGGAAGUCAUUAGAGGAUGCCUAUGCUGAACAGCAAGACAACCUCAAACAAACAAAAAUGUAUACAUAAAGAAAAUAUGUAAGAAAGAAAACAACAAUAAAGACUUUUAUUUAUAUUACAUGAACUACAAUAAUAAGAAAGAAUACAACAUAAUACAUAACAGCAUCCAUGAAUAAUGCUAAAUUUGUUUUUGUCCAUAAUUGUAUUGAGCAAGUACACGAAAAGUAUAUAAUUGAUGUUUAAUAAGGAACAUUUUCAAAUAACAUCUCCUACUGUUGAUGGAUCCAUAUGACCAAUAAUCAGAGUAGGUUUAUAAAAUCAAUAAUAAAACAAAGGCAUGGGCAAAAGCUAAUUAUAUAAAUACAUUGUAGAUAACAUACUAUUCCUGGAUAGAGAUAUACAUAGAUAUUAUAGCAUUCAGCUGAAGUAUUUCCCAUUCUACAGAGCUAGAAAUUGGGCACUAUGCCAAACACAUUUGAUAUUAUGCAACGUUAUGCGGGCAUCUCACUUAGCUGUUCAUAUUUGCUUUUUGUAAACUUAAUAUGAGUAUAUCUUUUUCAUUCCUUUAAAGCACAAUAAGGACAGACUGUUGUCAAGUCAAUAAUAAAUAGCAAAUCAGAAAAACCAAGUGAAGUGUGUGAUAUUGUUAAAUGUGAGAUAAAAUUUUUCGGGCGAGGAGGCAGCGCAGGCAGUUUAGUAUUUUAUUGAACGGGCUGCUCACAAGUGAAAACUGAAAAAUGGCCAAGACCCUUUCAGCAACCCAGGCCAACAAAGAACAUGUGUUGGCCGUAUCCCGGGACUUCAUAUCUCAGCCCCGUCUGACUUACAAGACAGUAUCUGGUGUCAACGGGCCUUUGGUCAUCCUUGAUGAGGUGAAGUUCCCCAAGUUCUCAGAGAUUGUGCAGUUGAAACUUGCAGAUGGAACCCUCCGGUCUGGCCAGGUACUGGAAGUCAGCGGCUCCAAAGCCGUCGUCCAAGUGUUCGAGGGCACAUCGGGCAUCGACGCCAAAAACACCCUCUGCGAGUUCACCGGUGACAUUCUCCGCACCCCUGUCUCCGAAGACAUGUUGGGUCGCGUAUUCAACGGCUCUGGAAAACCCAUUGACAAAGGUCCCCCAAUCCUUGCUGAAGACUUUUUGGACAUCCAGGGACAGCCCAUCAACCCCUGGUCCCGUAUCUACCCUGAGGAAAUGAUCCAGACUGGUAUCUCCGCUAUCGACGUGAUGAACUCCAUUGCUCGCGGGCAAAAGAUCCCCAUUUUCUCGGCUGCCGGUCUGCCACACAACGAAAUUGCCGCCCAGAUCUGUAGGCAAGCCGGUCUUGUAAAGAUCCCCGGCAAAUCUGUGCUGGACGACCACGAGGACAACUUUGCCAUCGUGUUCGCCGCCAUGGGUGUGAACAUGGAGACGGCCCGGUUCUUCAAGCAGGACUUCGAGGAGAACGGCUCCAUGGAGAACGUGUGCCUGUUCUUGAAUCUGGCCAACGAUCCCACUAUUGAGAGAAUCAUCACACCACGUUUGGCCUUGACUGCUGCUGAGUUCUUGGCCUACCAGUGUGAGAAACACGUGCUGGUAAUCUUGACUGACAUGUCUUCGUACGCGGAGGCUCUGCGUGAAGUGUCCGCCGCCCGUGAGGAGGUGCCCGGACGACGUGGUUUCCCAGGUUACAUGUACACCGAUUUGGCCACCAUCUACGAGAGAGCCGGGCGUGUAGAGGGUAGAAACGGAUCCAUCACGCAGAUCCCCAUCUUGACUAUGCCCAACGACGACAUCACCCAUCCUAUUCCCGAUUUAACGGGCUACAUCACUGAGGGACAGAUCUACGUAGACCGUCAGCUCCACAACAGACAGAUCUACCCGCCUGUAAACGUGCUGCCUUCCCUGUCUCGUCUCAUGAAGUCUGCCAUCGGUGAGGGAAUGACCCGCAAGGACCACUCUGAUGUUUCCAACCAGCUGUACGCCUGCUACGCCAUCGGUAAGGACGUGCAGGCCAUGAAGGCUGUCGUCGGUGAGGAAGCCCUGACACCCGACGAUCUGCUCUACCUCGAGUUCCUCACCAAGUUCGAGAAGAACUUCAUCACACAGGGCAACUACGAGAACCGCACAGUAUUCGAGUCGCUGGACAUCGGCUGGCAGCUGCUCCGUAUCUUCCCCAAGGAGAUGCUCAAACGUAUCCCCGCUUCCAUCCUCGCCGAGUUCUACCCGCGUGAUUCGCGCCAUUAAACUACUUUAUAAUUACGUACGCUGACUGUCUAAUAGCCGGGCUACUGUGGAAUCUAAUAUCAUAUUUUUUUAAACUUUCAUGGACACUAACGUUAUAGCUAUUAACGGGAUUGUUACCACGUACCUUGCUUUUUAUGAGUCUCCGAUAUCAUGUCAGUUGCUCCGUGAUUAUGGCGCUUGCAACAGUGCCGAAAUAUCGGAGACUCAUAAAAAACAAGGCACAUGGUAACAAUCCCGUUAAUAGCUAUAAUAAUAUCAUAUUUAUCUAACAAAAAAUCCAAUUUUAGUGUUAUUAAUGGAAAUAAUAGAAUUAAUAAUAAUUCAAUUAGUAUUGUAUCUACAAACCUAUUUAGAUUUUGGAAAGCUCUUUAUAGCUUAUUCUGGGCUUUUAGCUGUGUAGAAGAAUGGAUGCAAAGUAAUUUCGCAGCUAUUGAAAGUAUAACGACGCAGUUUCAAGGUUGUUGUGUUAAUAAAUAAAAAGCCAAUGGUUAUAUACUCAGAGAUGCGGCUCAAAACUAAGUGUAUUUAGAACACAGUGGCUCAGCGAAAUUGUCAGCGCGCGGCAUUACAAUAAGGCCCGAUGUUCCAAAAUCACGUAAUAACCAUGUCAAUAUCGAAGUUGGAACUUUUCGUCAUGCUAACUUGUAAAAUAAAAGUUUGUUUAUUAUAAUAGUAAGUUGUUAAAAUAGUUUAAUGUGUAUUAUCUGUAUUACGAUCAAUGCAAUAACAUGAGAAUCGCAAAAUAUAAUGUAUUACGCCUGUAAGCAACCAUUAAUUCUUGUGUAUAUAAUUUUUCUGAACGAAAAUAGGCCUCAAACAAGUAAAUUAUUAAAAUGAAAUUAUAUAUUUUUUAAAUAGAUAUGCCGUUUUGUUUUUGUUCUCGGUGCUUCGGACACGUUAUUUUUUAAAUGCAUAUUUAUAAUGUGUCAUGUUUGUUUGUGCACAAAUUGUUGAGAUGUGUUCAGAAAUCAAAUCGAAAAAUUAAUUAUUACUACAUAUAUAUAAUGUGAUACUCGCUUGUAGAUCAGAUGUGAAGUGACAAAUAUUUAUGAAUAUGUAAAUAAAUAAAUACCCACUGUCCGUAACUUGUGUUACAUUCCAAAAUUGCUGUCCUCGUCGUUCACUCCGAAACUAUAGUGUAAAUUCAGUGGUUGAAAGUGAAUUAUAGGAUAAUGUUGUUUCAAUGGAAAUAAAAGUAUAGAAAGUUG